CGCUCCACACAUUCACAAGUUACACAAACUUCUAAGUUCUAACACCAUGGAACUCAAUCAUCACCGCCACACAUUCUCAUGGCCACCACCACCUCCCUUUUCCUUCCCAUGCCAUUCAACACUCCCAAAAGAUUACCCACCCACUGCUACACUCACCCGAAGUUCACCUCCUCCUCCGUAACAGCCCAAUCCCAAUCCGCCAAGGAUCACCUCCUCACCCUCAUCUCCGACCAAGACCGCGGCCUCAAGACCCAAAACGACCCCACUAGGCGAGCGUCAAUAGUAGCAGCCAUCGACGCCAUGGCUGCCAUUGGCUCUGGCUCGGUAACAACAGGUGACACCCUCUCUGCCACGUGGCGGUUACUCUGGACCACGGAGAAGGAGCAGCUCUUCAUUAUCGAGAAGGCUCCUGUGUUUGGAACACGAGCUGGGGAUGUAUUGCAGGUUAUAGACGUUCGGAAAUUGAGUCUCAACAAUGUGAUUACGUUUCCUCCGGAUGGAGUUUUCUUUGUGAGAUCAAAUAUUGAGGUUUCGUCGCAGCAGAGAGUGAACUUCAGAUUUACUAGUGCAGUGUUACGCGGGAAGAAUUGGGAAAUACCAUUACCACCGUUUGGACAGGGAUGGUUUGAUACUGUCUACCUCGAUGAUGACCUUCGAGUUGUAAAGGAUAUAAGGGGAGAUUACUUAGUUGUUGACCGAGCUUCCUAUAGCUGGAAAGAAUGAGUGGAAUCUUCACUGCCACUGUUUGCUCAUCUUUGUUAAUAAAAACUUCCAGCUUAAUUAUCUGCAUGGUUUCAACUCUGUUUUUGUACUUCAUUAGUAUUUGACAAUUACUUUCUUGUUGUGCUAAUUUAUUAGAAUUAUGUUUGUUGUUCAUUUAGAUUUCUGAAUAUUGAUUAUCCUCUGGAUGUCCUUUGUAAAUCAUAUUGUUUGUUCUUCAAUUACAAUUGGAGAAUGCCUCACUUACUCAUUUGACUAAUGCAAAUAUAGAUUAUACUGCUUCUUUA